AUCUCCUCCACCUCUGCCCUCAUUCACCAAAGUCUCAUAACAUUCUGUGCGCCCAGAGAGGCCCUGGCUGAAAAGGAACAGGCCUCAGCCUAGCAUGAGUAUAGAUCAGGGCAGGCUGCCCAGAGGAGGUUCAGCUGCCCUGAGCAGCUUCAGCUUUGUGCAUCACAGGUAGAGGCCAAGGCCAAGCACCACUGCCUGGGUGGGCUUCCCAGCCUAGCCGCUGCCCACCUGCCCCCACCCCACCCAUUGGGCUUUACUACCUAGAACCCCAGCAACCAGCAGCCCAGGUGGAACCUGCUGCCCCAGUAACGGCCAAACAGAACCUGGCAGGGCUCUGAGCUGGUGCCCUGGGUGGGCACCUGGACCGCCACCCACUGCCUCCUGGGGACCCCCUUGGGCCAGGCCCUGCCUCCUACCCCCAUGCAGCACCCCAAGACCUUCUACACGUCUCCAGCUCCCACCGAGGGCCUCAGUCCACGGAGCCUGGAAGGCGAGUUGGCUCCUGCCUGCCCAGAGUCUCUCCCUACUGGGGGCCCCCCUGUUCCAUAUCAGCCCCCAAACCCGGACAAAGAAGCCUUUCCUGCCCCGCCAGCAGGCUUCCAGAUGGCUCCCUGCGGGUGUUUCUUCGAUCCCCGGAUCUACCGGAUCGAGUGGGCCCCUUCCGACUACGGCCAGUCGCCCAUGUGCAAGCUGACGGCGACCAGCAGUGUGGGUGCCCCUGUGGGGCCGGCUCAGGCACCCAGCACCUACGUCAUGGAGCCCUCCCAUUUCCUUAAGGCCCCGCUGCCUCCCCCACCGUACCCCCACUACCCACCACCUCCAGGAGGCUCCCAGUACCUCAUGCCCUACUUCCCACCGGAAGGAGCCGGCCAGGAGGCCCUGAGCUUUGUGGGGGACGGGGGCCCCCCAAAUGUGGACCUGCCACCACCACCUCCCCUGCUCAAAAAAGGCCUGGCCCCACCUGCAACCCCUAAAGAUAAGCAGCUGCUCGUCACAGUGCCCGCCGAACCCCCACUGCACCCCAAUACCUAUAACCACCUCAAAGGCCGCCUCAGCCAGCUCCAGGGUCCUGAGUCCAUCCCCUUGCUGCCCGAGCCCCCCGUAACCCCCACUGAAGAGCUGCAGGAUGGCAGGGCCGGGCUGGGGACCCCGGGGGAGCCCAGGGCAGCUGAGGCAGAAGUGAGGAACCCCCCGCUAGGGGUGGGCGAGGAGAGACCCCCGGAACAGCCCAAGCCCCUGUCCCUGCCGGACAAGGUCCUCCUGGAAGAUGCUAUGAAACUCUUCGACUGUUUCCCUGCUGCCACUGAACCCCGAGGGUGCAGCCCUCGCCCGGCCCUGCACCUGCCAGACAGCGGGGGUGGCGGGGAUGACUUGGGAGGAGACAUCCGGGCCCUGCGCCUGCCCGAGGACCUGCUGUCCACCGACUACAGCGUCCCCGAGCUCCUGGACGCCAUGUGCCACGUGGACUAUUUCUUCGACUUCAAGGCGCUGGACGAUGAGCCUAGCACCCCAACGACUCCAAGGCCCACACCGCCCCCCGGCAGGAGAAAGAGCAGCAUGGGGGCCUCCAAGAAGGGCCGGCAGGCUGGGAAAGGCAGGCAGGCCACGCCGCCCCAAUAAAAGCAUCUCCUGUCA